GCCCCGCAGCCCCAGCCCCGCCCCUGGGCCCCUGAUGGACCCGGAGACGCGCGCCCUCGCGGAACGCCACUUCCGGGGCCUCGGGGGCGGCGUCCCGGGCGGCAGUGGGGCCCCGGGCCGCGUGGCCUUCAUCCAGGCGCCCAGCGCCUUCUCCUACGCCGACUUCUUCAGGGGCUUCCUGCUUCCCAACCUGCCCUGCGUGUUCUCCAGCGCCUUCACCGCGGCCUGGGGCAGCCGGCGGCGCUGGGUGACGGCCGCCGGCAAGCCCGACUUCGACUACCUGCUCCGGAAGUACGGAGAUGUGGUCGUACCUGUUGCCAACUGCGGGGUCCGGGAGUACAACGCCAACCCCAAGGAACACAUGCCUCUUCGAGACUACAUCAGCUACUGGAGGGACUACAUUCGGGGAGGCUACUCUUCUCCAAGGGGCUGCCUUUACCUGAAAGACUGGCACCUGUGCAGGGACUCCUCAGCAGAGGAUGUGUUCACCCUGCCCGUGUACUUCUCAUCUGACUGGCUGAAUGAGUUCUGGGAUGCCCUGGAUGUUGACGACUACCGUUUUGUGUACGCGGGGCCGACAGGCACCUGGUCCCCAUUCCACGCAGACAUCUUCCGCUCCUUCAGCUGGUCUGUCAACAUCUGUGGGAGAAAGAAGUGGUUGCUCUUCCCGCCAGGACAAGAGGAGGCUCUGCGGGACUGCCAUGGUGGUCUGCCCUAUGAUGUGACCUCCCUCACGCUCCAGGAUGCCAACCUGCACCCCAGGCAUCAGUGCUGCAGUCCACCCCUCGAGAUCAUUCAGGAGGCUGGCGAGAUGGUGUUUAUACCCAGUGGGUGGCACCACCAGGUACACAAUCUGGAUGACACCAUCUCCAUCAACCACAAUUGGGUCAAUGGCUGCAACCUAGCCACAAUGUGGCACUUUCUGCAACAGGAGCUCCGUGCCGUGCAGCAGGAGAUCAGCGAAUGGAGGGGCUCCAUGCCGGAUUGGCACCACCACUGCCAGGUCAUCAUGAAGUCCUGCUCUGGGAUCAAUUUUGAAGAAUUUUACCAUUUCCUCAAGGUCAUCGCUGAAAGGAGGCUCCUUAUUCUGGGGAAGGGGGCUGAAGGAACAACAGAAUGUGGCCCAGGCACUGGCCUGGGCCUCCAGCAUGCUGUAUUUGACAUUGGCCGCCUUGCAGAGGUGCUGGCUUCUGUAAUUGCACACCCUGACUUCCAGAGAGUGGACACUGGUGCAUUCUCACCACAGCCAGAGGAGCUGCUGCGACAGCUGGAGGAGGCUAUUGCUGCUGCUGCAGACCUGUAGCACCUGUGCGGGAUAGGAUGCCAUGAGGGCUCCCUGCCGCAAGGCCCUUCCCCCAGUGAAGAUGGUCCUCACCCCCACCCCAACCCCUGUGGCCUAGGGCCUGCGCCUGCUGAACAGGAAGGGCUCCCCUCUGGGAGAUCUGACAUAGUCCUACCUUCCCAAGGCCAUUUUCUGAGAGCUUAAGCUAUGGGUCUCAGGGGAAGGUGCCUGGGGUUGGGAGUGUUGGUCCAUGCAGCCUACAGCAAGCCUGCUGGGCAGUCAAAUGGGGACUGUGUGGUUGUCACUUUGUGAAGGCCAGGACUCCUGAGUGACAGAUAUCCAGCCUGCCUGUCUCUAGAGGCCCCUCUAGAUGGCCUGGCCCUGUCACCUGACACAUGCACUCAUGCAGACACCCUCAGUGCUGACCUUCGUGCUCAGCGUCAGUGUACUCUGACUUCUGAUGGGCAGCCAGGAAGUGGUGAGCAUGUGCCAGACGUGUACAACCCAGCAUGUUAAGCUGGACAUUGUGCCCCUAUGUCUAACAGGUGGCCUAGUCACCAUUGUGCCAUGUAGGGUUGGUGCCCACCCUUUGAGCAUAAGAUCCAGCAUCUGCUUGGUAGUUGCAUAGGAAGACAAGGGCAGAGAAGGGAUGGUAGAUGCCAGAGGCUCCACCCGUUUUCCCAGAGUGUCCACAUUAGCAGCUGUCUACCAGGCCUUGAUGCUUCAUAUAUAUAUAUGAGGGAGGAACAAUCAGGUACUCAGCCCCUACCUAGUCUGGGCUCCUCAGGGUCUCAUCUCAAGUGGGGUAGGGGAAGGCCACAAGGCAGCGCCAUGGGCUGUUUAGGGGCCAGCUGGACUCAUACGAAUCCUUCAGUGACUGGGCUAUUGGUGGUCCAGCAGAAACAGGCACUUGGCGUUGAGUUCAAGGUGGAAAAAUAAAGUAUUAACACUGUCAAAUCAUUGAGUAAUGAAAGUAAUUCUGUUUC